UUAGCCUGGAAGGAAUAGCGUCGCGCUACUGGAUAGGUAAGCAGCUGGGAGCCACGAUUCGAUCGCGAUGGCGCGAAGCUCGGGCGAGGAGUUCUCGGUGGUGGUCUUGGCGUCGGACCUCGGCGUCGACGCCCGCAGCCUCCUCUUGCCGGCGGAGCGCCAGGCCCAGGACGAGGACGAAGUGUGGCACGACUGCCCUCCCAACUUGAUCGCCUCCGGCGACGAGGAUUUCUCCGAUCUCGAAGCCCUCCAGGCCUUCCGCGUCGAGGGAUCGGACAAGGCCGGCAACCGCAUUCUCCGAAUUGUCGGAAAGUACUUCCCAGCUCCAAUUAUUAGCGGGGAGCGUUUGAAGAGGUAUGUGUUCUACAAGCUAAGCACAGAACUGCCUGAAGGUCCAUUCUGCAUCGUAUACAUGCACAGCACAGUGCAGUCGGAGGAUAACAACCCUGGGAUGUCCAUCUUGAGAUGGGUAUAUGAGGAGCUUCGUUCAGACUACAAGGAAAGGCUGCAGGUUGUGUACUUUUUGCACCCAGGGCUCCGCUCUAGGCUGGUCUUCGCCACACUUGGACGCCUCUUCUUAAGUGGAGGCUUGUAUUGGAAAAUCAAAUACAUCAGCCGUUUGCAGUAUCUGUGGGAUGACAUAAAGAAAGGACAAGUUGAAAUUCCAGAGUUUGUGCAACAGCAUGACAAGGUUCUUGAGCACAGGCCACUGACAGAUUAUGGCAUAGAGCCUGAUCCUCUGCGCUUAAGUGAGGUGCCGGCUAUGGAGUACUCACUCGGAAGGUUCGAAGAUAGAUGGGCAUCUCCGCCUUACAUGUGAUGCUGUUUGCUGGAAGUUCCUCUGUCAUGUAUAUAAAAAACAUAUUAUAUUUUCUUGCUGGGGACUGCCAUCGUGACAAAAUUUAAUGGCGUCAAUUGUGUAAGAUAGUUGUUUUCUGAAUUUGCCAUUUUAUUUUCCUUCUAUGACAUCAAUAUAAUAUGCUUCUUCAUGCAUAUA